GGAAGUUGGUCGUUUAUUGACAACAUGGCUGAUCUGACUGUGGAUUUGGAGAAAAUUGGAAUCUGACAGCGUUCACUGGGUGUACACUCACAAACCAGUUAAAUGUGUGGAGUGUGGAGUACGGAUAAAUGUGAAUGAAGGGACCUGUCAACCCGCGGGAGGGUGUCAGUGAGCUGAGGAAACCUGAGUAGACCCGUCAUGUCGUUUUUCAAGCGAAAAGCCAAAAGUAAAGAACCUCAGAGAGCGAUUGACACAAAAGUCAACAGAGAUGGAGUCAGCCCUCACUCUCCAUCAUUGCCACUGAAGAACAACCAUGCCAUACAAGAAGCUGCGGGGCCCAGUCAUGUGGCCAUCAAUGCCAUCUCUGCCAACAUGGACUCCUUCGCCCAUGGUCGCACGGCCAUCCUCAAGAAACAGCCCAGUCACAUGGAAGCUGCGCACUUCGGAGACCUCGGUCAUUCCAGCGUGAACUAUCAGCCACAAGAGACCCGCUCCCGGCUCUCCAAAACAGUGGACCAAGUGCUUCGGGACAAUGUGGCGAUCCCACAUUACAUGCGUUUUAUGGAGCGUCAGAGUGCCGACCACCUGAUUCGCUUCUGGCUGGAGGCCGAAAAUUUCCGAUCCACUAGCUGGUCACGGAUCCGAGCGCACAGCCUCAACUCUGUCAAACACAGCUCCUUGGCUGAACCUGUCACAGGCUCCAUUGAUGGCUCCGAGGUCCGGGAGCUCCCCCUACACAAUUCGCUCGCCCUGGAUUGGAACAGUACAGGAGUUGUAGCACAGCAUGUGCAAUUGGACACCUUGAACACAGAAGCGGGCCUGAGACCCGGCACGCCUCUGGCCGAAACACCUAGCCGGCAGACCUCGUCCAGGACGGGGACACCUUCUAAAGCGCAGCCAAACAACACCAUGAGAGAACUCUCUGAAAACCUCAUGAAAAGUCUCGAAAAAGAUGCAGUUACCAUCUUUACCAAAUACGUCUCUCCGGAUGCCAUGAGGCCCAUUCCCAUCACGGAACAGAUCCGAAAUGAUAUAGUUGCUAAGAUUUGUGGAGAAGAUGGCAUGGUGGACCCAAAUUGCUUUGUCAUCGCACAGUCAGUCAUCUUCACCAUCUUAGAGCAACAGUACUUCAUCGAAUUCCUGCGGAGUCAUCAUUUCUGUAAAUACCAGAUUGAAGUUUUGACGAGUGGCUCGGUGUUCCUGGCUGACAUCUUGUUCUGUGAGUCGGCUCUGUUUUACUUCUCGGAGUACAUGGAAAAGGAAGAGGCCAUGAAUGUACUGCAGUUCUGGCUAGCGGCUGACAACUUUCAAAACCAGCUGGCAGCCAAGAAGGGCCAGUAUGAUGGCCAGGAAGCCCAAAAUGACGCCAUGAUCCUUUACGACAAGUAUUUCUCACUCCAAGCUACAAACCCUUUGGGAUUUGGUGAUUCGGUACGCAUGGAGAUUGAGUCGAACAUCUGCCGUGAAGGGGGGCCUCUACCAGAGUGUUUCACCACUCCACUUAGACAAGCGUGGACCACCAUGGAGAAGGUCUAUAUGCCAGGCUUCCUGUCUAGUAACCUUUACUACAAAUAUCUGAGUGACCUCCUCAAUUCGGUACGAGCGGACGAGUUUGUGAAUGUCAACACUCCGGGUCAAGGCACGUCAGCAGAGAACGAGCGUUCAAGUUCAAGUGCCAGUGAAGCUUCUCUCUCACAGUCUGCUACCAAAAAGGCAGCGAUCAAGAUCUUGAAAAACUUCGACGAGGCCAUAACGGUGGACGUCGCCAGUCUGGACCCCGAAUCUUUGUACCAGAGGCCAUAUGCUGGACGGAUGACUUUUGGGAGGGUGAAUGAGUUGGGCCAGUUUAUCAGGGAGGCAGAACCAGAACCAGAUGUUAAGAAAUCUAAAGGCUCCAUGUUUUCUCAGGCCAUGAAGAAAUGGGUCCAAGGCAACUCGAAUGAGGCUCAGGAGGAAAUGGCCUGGCAGAUUGCUAAAAUGAUUGUCAACGAUGUUGUGCAGUCAAACCACGACAGUCCUGGAAAGUCUACGAAGUUAUGACCCUGAGAUGACUCUCCCCUGUUGACUCUAUAAAUGGGUCACCCUGCAACAAACUAAAAGUACUGUACCUCAUUGUUCCAACUCCACAUGACUAUGAAGGCGUAUCUUGUUCAGCUGAAGUGAAGCCAAGCCCUUUCAUCACAUGACAGGAAGUCUCCUAAAUGUCGUGUGGUUCUUAAAGCAACCUUGCACAAAGACAAAGUAUGUCGGUCAAGACUACAAAGCGAAAUGUUGCUGACUCUAAUUGUGUUGUCUCAUCUCGGACCUCUGGGGGAUGUCACAUAGACUGAAUUGCGCUCGUUUGCUCGCGGCACUUCUCCCCAUGCCUUGUUUCUUCUUUUUUUAAAGGACCAUUCCUCUUUUUAGAAGAUGUUCUCGCUCCCAAAAUAGCCAAAUCAACUAUUUGGUGCAUUAGCCCCUUUUAACAUAUGCACACGCUCCUUUUAGCCUACCUGUUCUAUGAUAUAUUGUGUGAAAUGUCCUGGCUAUGAUGGGCAUUUAUUUGUAGAGCAUCUGCAAAUGACAAUGAGAUAAAGGAAGAGCUGAUACCUCUUGUGUUAGACCUCUUGGCACCUUUACAGAGCGUGGAAUAAAAGAACUCCUUACUGAAUUAAAAUGCUCCAGUUGAGAUGGAAAAAUGUGUUUUAAAGGUGUAUACAGUAUAUCUAUACAUACAGUAUGUAUAAUGUAGACUUGUUCAGCCCAUAUAUGAUUGUUAGUACUUUUUUUAAAUGGUGGACGCUGUUUUUCGUGUGUUUUUUGUUUUGUUUUGUUAGUUUUUGGUAUGCAUCUCAGAAACAACUGGAAAUAUGCUCAUUGAAUUAACCAGUUUUUCCAUUUUCUUUUGAGCCUUUCCGAGGUGUGUAAAAGAACCAAGAAGGAGUUUUGGUACCAUGUACCACUAUUUUUUCGGAUAUGUAUGUGCACCUAAUCUAAAUCUAUUUAAAUUGUGUUUGAUUUAAAUACAUACACUAUUAAAAAAU